CCACGAUCUUUCAAGCCUUCUUUCCUUCCUCAACGUCAACCGUCGCGCUAGUCGCCUUUCAGCCUGUCCCUUCAAAAUCAUCGCGCUCUUCCAAGAUCUCAGCUUCCGCUCAACAUGUUGUCUAUCGCACGCGUCUUCGUUGCCUUCCAUACUGCCGCGUAUCUCGCCUUGGUCGGUUUCACGCCUUCCUUGAACAUCGCUCUUGCAAAUCCUCUACCUAUGCCGUUGAUGAAGAACUACAGCGCUUCCUACCCAGAUGAGGCUGGUCCUCCUUCAAAGACUUUGAAAACUACAUCCAGUCACAACUCUUCGCACUCGACCCACGCUUCUCGCAGUCUCCUCUCCACGCGUUCGAUCGACCCUCGCCAACAAGAUAUUAUUUCCGCGCUCACCAUAUAUGUGUCUGAUGCAGGUCUUCACGCAAAUGAUCUCCAGCAAUGCGCUGCAUCUUGCCCUGGUUCGCCUGAAGCGCAACAACAACCGUCUGCUUCCUCUUUGUCACUUUUCAGUAACAGUCUACUCGGCUUUCAACACACAGUUAGUGAUAAAGGUCUCGCCUACUUUGACAAAAAUAGCGGCUUGGAGGUAUUAAUUCGAAAAAUCAUCGACGAGACCAAGUAUAUUCUCAAUUACACCAACGAUCUCGUCCAAUGUUAUCCUCUACUCAGCGCACUUCUCGGUCCCAUUGUGUACGAACUUAAGUGUAUUAUUGAAUGGCUACUCGAUAUAUGCGAGGACGCCACUGACGCCACGCUCAACGCAUUAGCGCCUUCGCUGAGGGCUCUCCUAGGGCAGUUUGGAGACUGUCUUUUGGGCACAUGCUUGUUAUAAGUUUAGGGUUCUGGUAUCUUUUUAUCUCUCUCGCCCACUGUAUCACAUUACUAGUCCGAUUCCUAGCUCUAGAUUUGGUUUGUAGCGUUUCUUCCUGGUAUGUACGAUACAAAGUAUAUACCCUCCUAUGCGUACUAUAGCCUGAUGGCAUAUAUAAUCGUUCCAAAGAAAGAGUAACGGAGUGCAUUAUGAGUGCAUUAUUAUCUGUCACUAAGUAUG